AGACACAGAAUGUGGAAAAAAAACAACUGAAAAUCACAAUGUUUGAUUUUUAAAUAAAUUAUUUGCAAAUCAUGGUGGAAAAUAAGUAUUUGGUCAAAAACAAAAGUUCAUCUCAAUACUUUGUUAUGUACCCUUUGUUGGCAAUAACGGAGGCCAAACGUUUUCUGUAACUCUUCACAAGCUUUUCACACACUGUUGCUGGUAUUUUGGCCCAUUCAUCAUGCAGAUCUCCUCUAGAGCAGUGAUGUUUUGGGGCUGUCGUCGGGCAACACAGCCUUUCAACUCCCUCCAGAGACUUUCUAUGGGGUUGAGAUUUGGAGACUGGCUAAGCCACUCCAGGACCUUGAAAUGCUUCUUACGAAGCCACUCCUUUGUUGCCCUGGAUGUGUGUUGAGAAUCAUUGUCAUGCUGAAAGACCUGGCCACAUCUCAUCUUCAAUGCCCUUACUGAUGGAAGGAGAUUUUCACUCAAAAUCUCUCGAUAUAUGGCCCUAUUCAUUCUUUCCUUUACGCAGAUCAGUCGUCCUGGUCCCUCUGCAGAAAAACAGCCCCAAAGCAUGAUGUUUCCACCCCCAUACUUCACAAUGGGUAUGAUGUUCUUCGGAUGCAAUUCAGUAUUCUUUCUCCUCCAAACACGAGAAGCUGUGUUUCUACCAAAAAGUUCUGUUUUGGUUUCAUCUGACCAUAACACAUUCUCCCAGUUAGGCAUGUGCCGGUAUGAGAUUUUCACGGUACGAUAACUGUGAGCAAAAAUACCGCGGUUUCACGGUAUCACGGUAUUGCAAUUAUAGCUCCAAAAUUUUGAGAUGUAUGGGUUUAAAAAAAAAAAAAAAAAAAUUUCCAUUGAACAGGAUUUUUUUUCAAAACAUAUUUGCAAAUUGGAACAUGAAUAUAAUGUGAAAAUAAACAAAAAAUAACAAAUAUUUUAUAUAAAAUUAAAAUAAAUAGAACCUAGACUAUACCCACAGCCACAGCUCAAGUUGCUCAAUAUUAGAGUAAGAACAAAAUAAUUGCUAUAAAGAGUAAAAAGACUUCUAAAUAAAAUUAAAAAUAUAUACUGUAUGACUUUUUUUGAGGGGGGAAGGUCAAGUGAAGUUUCGCCAUUUUCAGCCACUUUGUCAACUCUACUCUACAUGAUGCCAUGCCUUUGUGUUAAAAAGAACAAAGAAUUCAUAAGUUAAUAAGUUAGUUAAAAAUGUAUAAGUUAGUUUUAUAAAUUAGUUAAAAUGUAAAUAUUGUUGAGGAAAGGUUUCAUCUAAAAAAAAAUAAAUAAAUAAAUAAAAAAGUGAGGAGUGAGACUUCCUUUCUCAAUUAGCGAUCUUUGACGCGAUUCUUUUUCUUUCCCCCCUUCAUUCAAGCUUGUCUCUCACUGACACUCAGCGGCUGUGAGACAUAAAACCUCGGUGAAGCUGGUCCCCCAGCUUAGCCUAGGCUAACAUUCGUCUUUGUAAGUUUUAGUUAGUUUGUAUAUUGAAUUUGAAAGGAAAAUGUGUGUUUUGUUUUUGGCGAACAUUUUAAUGGUGCUACUGCUAUCCUGUUGAACCUAAUCACACGUGGAAAAAUACAAUUGAACAACGUUUUAAAUGUAUUUAUUUAUAUAUUUCACCACGAUUUGAGAGCUCAAUAAAUUGAAGAAAAGUACGCCUUGUGUUUGAAGGAUUUGUUUUUGGGUUUGCUGGCUGUUUAGUGACACUCACGGCAACAAACGGGAAGGGGUGAGCGGUGCCGCACCAAGCCACUUCGGCUGCAUUUUGGCACAUGAAAAAUAGCGAAUACCGUACUAAGGUAUGACGGAAAAUUUUAGUGGUUUUGAAACCGCGACGUUUUCACACCACGGUAAACCGUGAAACCGGUAACCGGCACAUGUCUACUCCCAGUCCUCUUCUGGAUCAUCCAAAUGCUCUCUAGCGAACCGCAGACGGGCCUGGACGUGUACUUUCUUCAGCAGGGGGACAUGUCUGGCAGUGCAGGAUUUGAGUCCUUGGCAGCGCAUUGUGUUACUGAUAGUAGCCUUUGUUACUGUGGUCCCAGCUCUCUCUUGGUCAUUCACUAGGUCCCACCCGUGUGGUUCUGGAAUUUUUGCUCAACGUUCUUGUUUUCAUUUUGAUGCCACGGGGUGAGAUCUUGCAUGGAGCCCCAGAUCUAGGGAGACUAUCAGUGGUCUUGUAUGUCUUCCAUUUUAUAAUAAUUGCUCCCACAGUUGAUUUCUUUACACCAAGCAUUUUACCUAUUGCAGAUUCAGUCUUCCCAGCCUGGUGCAGGUCUACAAUUUUGUCUCUGGUGUCCUUUGACAGCUCUUUGGUCUUGGCCAUAGUGGAGUUUGGAGUGUGACUGAUUGAGGUGGUGGACAGGUGUCUUUUAUAUCGAUAAUGAGUUAAAACAGGUGCCAUUAAUACAGGUAACGAGUGGAGCCUCGUUAGACCUCGUUAGAAGUUCAACCUCUUUGACAGACAGAAAUCUUGCUUGUUUGUAGGUUUGGGGAUGGUGUGGCUCAGUGGUAGAGUAGUUGUCCCCCAAACCAGAGGUUAAGGGUUCGAUUCUGUGCCCUGAUGAACUCGCCUAAGUAUCCUUGGGCAAGAUACUGAACCCCACAUUUGUCCUGGUGCUGUGUUACCAGUAGGUAGAUGACGAUGUAGUGUAAAGCAUUUUGAGUGCCUUAAAGUAGAAAAGCGCUUUACAAGUAUAACACCAUUUGUAGGUGACCAAAUACUUAUUUUCCACUCUAAUUUGGAAGUAAAUUCUUUAAAAAUCAAACAAUGUGAUUUUCUGUUUUUUUUCCACAUUCUGUCUCUCAUGGUUGAGGUUUACCCAUGCUGACAAUUACAGGCCUCUCUAAUCUUUUCAAGUUGGAGAACUACUUGGUUGCUACCAAAAUCUUCCAUUGGAAUAGUGUCUACAGUGCUAGCCAAAAGUAUUGGCACCUCUGGUGCAACACUAAUUUUUAUCAGAUGACUUACAACACACCUUCGCUAUUCUCCAACUUGCACAUCCGCGCAGUUAUCUUUACUUUCCGACGCUAUUGCUAAAUACUCCGCGUUCCUGAAAUGAGAUGAUAAAUUAAUGUAUUUUUGAAGGGUGUGUUUUCUUGAAAAGACUUUAAAAUAAAAUACUUACGCGGCUUCUCUUAACGCUUCCUCCCCGGCUGCCGCUAUUUUCCUGUAGCAAUAUAUCAUCUCGAUGAGGAGCCACACCUGCAGGCCGAUGAUGGACACGUACAUCAUGACCUCCGACACGAUGGAAGCUGUACCUCGGGUCGCUGCCGUGCAAAAAAAUUAAGUUGGGAUGAUAACAGUCCACUGAGCUGCUUGGUGAAAAUCCAAACUCAUCAUCGUGCUAUUGAUAUGUUGACCGGCUAAUGAUGGAGGUGACGGAAUAUUUCUCUCGAUCCCGUACCCAAAAGUACUCUUCCGGGGUCUGAAUUGCUGAAUGGAGUCCCCCAAAGAAUCUCAUCACCAUGGACCCGAGCUCCAGCGCUUCUUCUGUUCCGCCUGCCUUAACCGUGCAGGUGUGUUUCCCAUCUGUGCGUGCGGCUGUUCUGGAUAACCUGAAUCACCAACGAGAGGAGGGCAGGUUGUGUGACCUCUCCAUUCACGUACAAGGCAAAGUUUUCAAGGCCCACCGUUGUGUGCUUGCUGCAUCCUCGCCUUACUUUCAUGAUCAGGUGUUGCUGAAAAAUGUGACAACGGUUUCCCUCCCCUCCGUCAUGGACCCGGUGGCAUUUGAGAGCGUGUUAAGUUCGGCGUACACUGGUCAACUGAGCAUCGUUCACGAUGAUAUCGUCAAUUACGUGACAGUGGCUAGCUUCCUGCAGAUGUGGCACAUCGUAGACAAAUGCACAGAGAUUUUGAAGAGGCCCCGGCCCGCGGCGGAUGCGUCUCUACCGGACGCAUCAGCGGUUCAGGCCAGGCAGCAGUCACCAAGCAGCACUGACUGUUUGUACAUAGAGAGAGAGGGGAGAAGGAAAGACGUCAAACCUGACGCGCUACCUCCUUUAGCGACUUGGAGGCGCCCGCAGCAGUUUUCAAGAUGGGGGAGUUCACGGCCGACCUUAGCACAGCACUCGGCCGACUCGCAAGUUGAUUGCCUCCCGUACACAGAGGCCGAUGACGCUUCCUGCGAAGACGCGAGCCACAGUAAAAGCGGACUGUUUAUUCAAGGUGGUCCCAGUUCUGAGACAUUCAAGCUGAAAAGCAGGUGUCCAACACGUGCAGCUCUGCAUGAGAAGAACUUCAGCCGUGAGGGCAGUGAAACACAGCAGAGGAAGAAGGAGAGAAGAGAACUUGAAGCAGAUGAAGGUGUCGGAGAAGAAGUGGUGGAAAAGAAGGAAGGGUUUGCACACACAGGUGAUUCACGGCCCGUUUUAGUUGAGAAUGAGGACUCCAGACGAGCCAUGCUGAAGGUGAGUUUGGCGGACGUACGCGAUAAAGGGCAGAUGUCCAGCGUACCUCCCAGCCACAAAGCGGAAAGUCAUUUGGGAGAACCUUGCGUCGUUUUAGCCCGUGCACAGUGGCAAGCGAGCGCCUGGUCUCAACAAGAAUCCAGAUCGGAAGUGGUCGCUAAACCCGAAACGGCCCUCCAGUGUCUCAACUCGGAAACGUACGACGAAAUUGAAGACGGGACUGGUCAAGUUUCCCAAAGGCCCCUGGUGCCAACAUCUCCCGACUUCAACAUGGCCGCCUCAGAGAGCGGCUGGCUCUCCCCCACCAUGGCGGCCGGCACUUCAUCGCUAACCGUUUCCGCUCGCCAUCUUCCCCCCUCUUCCGCUAACCCGCCUCCUCCUUCUUCACCCCCGACCCCGUCGUCGUCCUCCCACGUGACGGCGGCCGGCGCCCCUUACGCGGGCAAAGUCCACUUCUGCCACUGCGGCAAAGCCUUCACGCUGAAGAGCAUGCGCGACCGUCACGUGAAAAUGCAGCACCUCAACCUACGCCCCUUCGCUUGCCCCGUGUGCAACAAGUCCUUCAAGAUGAAGCACCACCUCACCAAGCACCUCAAAACUCACGGGGGUCUCCGGCCGCACGAAUGCGGCGUCUGCGGGAAGAAAAUCAUCUGGCGGGAUAGCUUCCUUCGCCAUCAAGCUAGGUGCGAAAGGCUCGCGUCCUCCGCGAACCCUCAGACCGACGCGGAUGACGGUUACGCGUACAACUUCGACGGAGGGGACGCGUUUCUGUCCAUGGGCGGGCAAGUGAAAGUUGAAGAAGUAGACUUUCAGGGAGAAAUGGAGGACGGGAUGAGCGGCUUGCUAGGAAGCGUGUCGGGAAUGGUGGAGGAACUUCGAACUCAACAUUUGGAAGCUAGCGCUCAUGUUUACAAAGAGGAAGUUGGAGAUAACUUUAGUGAAAGUAAAUAGUAUUAAACUGUUAAUACGGUAAGUCUACGGUAAGUCUAAUUUAAUGCACUGGCUUCCAUUGACGGCGACAGACGUCUAAAUCCAUUUUGACUCGAGUGUCAGUCACAAUGAAAAUGGAUUUGGACGUCUAUCACCGUCAAUGGGAGCAAAUGAGUUAAUGUCUUAUAUUUUUUGGGAGAAAAACUUUUAUGAUUUAGGGAUUGAUGCGUUCAAGUACAUUUGUGACAAACAGUGCUGUUACUAUUGUUUAUUCAAAACCUAAAUUUGCACAUAUUGUUUGCCUUCCACUUGUAGUGGAACUCAAAAAAACAAAAACAAAAAAAACAUGUCGAAUACAAUUCAAAUAUAAUAUGUUUUGCACAAUAUGAAGAAAAAAAUAUGUAAAGGCUUUUUUUUUUUUUUUUUUUAAUAAUCAAAUACUAUAAGAAGCACUUGUGUUGCUAAAACGUGUAAUCAAAUUACAUCCUCACAAAGUACAAGUUUUGACUUGACGUUUUCAUUAGAUUGUGCCUAAUGUUGUGUGUUAAAAAUGCCAAUUAUUUUGACAGUGUUGUCUUUUAUUCUGUAGUUUGAUCAUUUCCUGUGCCUUCGCAUUCAAAUCUUCUGUUUUGUUGAUAUUUUAAAUGCGUGAAUAAAGUUGGAUGACACACA